CUACGUCGCAAUCACAUGCAGACUUCAGUACCUCGACAACUUUCAAGCCUCCCCCAGAGCCGUGCAGCGAGCCUGCCGCCAACCACAGUCGUUUCACCCCUAGAUUCCUUCGGGGGAAGGAUUUCUCCAAAACAAGAGAGUCGGGUCCUGAUAAACCGAGUGUACGAGGGGGGUUGCCUAAUGGCAACGCCCCGACUCGCCAUAUGAGCAAUCUUCGAAGUAAAUUGGGGAGCUUUGACUUUGAGCGGCCUGUGUCCGCUGGACUCAACCACAGCAGUUCGACGGUUAACCGCUCCCAGAACCAGUUACCCCUCGAACGUACGACGUCCUCGGAUUCGACGCCGGCUACGAAGUCGCGAUUGGCAACUCGCCAACCUGCUCGUGUCGACUCUCCAGUCCAUCCCCAUCUAAUAUCAAGCCACACUGGUCAGACAUCUGUGGUAUCGUUCGCCUCGGUACCUUCGAAAUCCACUGAAAAGGGGGCGAGCUCUAAUGCAUCACCUGGCCAGUCUUCGAGCUGGGGCCGAGCUUCUGGUAGACGUGCGCAGAAGGCGUCACAUGGCGCAUUCCCUUUUGAACACCCGGCUUCUUUACCGCACUCUCCUUUACCCGACUCUUCUAAUCUACCUAACAGUACUAUUGGGGGGCAAUGUUACCGCGACGACACUGGGCGCCUCCCCCCUGCACCAACUGACUCACCCUGGGCUCCGAUGCUUGACAUGCCUCCGAAACAUUACAAGGGUCGAAGCCAGGCCUCACGAGACGUCGAUAUGAGCUUGCUGAAGCAAGAACGAAAGGCCAAGGGCCAAGGACGUUCGCUGGAUCUUGGGCUUGGCUUGGCAUGGGCACCCUCACGCGUCCGCGAGGAAGCUGUAAUACCUGGGUUGUUUAUGGCAGGGGAGAACAUACGGGCGAACGGUCGAUCGUAUGGUUCGGAUGUCACUAAAGCAUUUGAAAAUAUCCUAUCCGUGACCGAUUUCGAGGCAUUCAAGACAUGUUCGCCGCUACGAUGCUCACAUCAUUUCACUUGAUGGCCCAAACGGACUCCUAAGUCGAGUUGAAAAACUACUUAUUAAUACCGGAGUUAGUGAACGUGAAAGGAAGGGCCUCUUGGCCGAGUUCGCGUAUUUCGUGGAAAAUCAUGAUGCAUAGCUUCCGGCUUUGCGGUAAAUAUUGACU